AUGCAAACUCCACACCUGUCGAUUGACAUCGGAACAGAAGUGAAGCACCACAACAAAAUGUUGGAUGAAAUGGACACGGACUUUGACUCAACCGGGGGUCUGCUGGGGGCCACUAUAGGCCGAGUGAAGCGGCUGUCCCGAGGCAGCCAGACCAAACUGCUGUGCUACAUGCUGCUCUUCUGCUUUUUUGUCUUCUUUGUCUUGUACUGGUUCAUCAAGCUGAGGUGAUAAGAGGAUCCUGAUGGACUUGGACCUUGAAUGCCACGUGCUCCUCCCCAGUCUGUUCCAAGUCUGCAUCUGUAGACAGCAUCAGUAUGAUGGUGGCACAGGAGGACUGUUGCACAUGUGUCCGUCUAUUUCUAGAAUGGUGCCUGUGUUCACUCAAAAAUGAGAAAAGUGCGUCAGAUCUGCGGCUGGUUGUAUAACAAAGGCAUCAUAAUUAUCAGUGGUCUGUAAGUUGUCAUUGUGGACCAUUGGGGAGUUAAUGGACUGCAACAAAGUUAAAUUAAUUGAUUCCUGUUAUGUGAAAAUGGUAAACUCCUCCCACAGGUUAAAACUUAAAUUAUAAAGGUUUGUUCUCUCAAGGAAACAUGUCAGUCAGAUAUAAAACAGGACAAGUCU